AGUAAGAAACAGAUGCAGGAUCGUAUACAGCAGAGCCGGCUCGAGCAGCAGCACGGUUCCCCGGGCGCUUCGGGCCAUUCCCGGGGCUCUUCAUCGACGGCCACCACUAGUGGUGUGAUCAGUGGAAGCGAUCGGUUCGCACGCAAAGAGCUAGCCACCGGAGCAGGAGUAGGAGGAGGGGCCACCAGUGGUUCUUGUUCCAGCUCCAGCUCACCGAACUCACCGUCGAGCAGUUCGGGCAAGAGUAGCCAUUCGGCAUCGCGCAACGGUGAGCACCAUCGGGAACGGCGCAGUCAGUUGCGCGAUCAGAUCCAUCAAUCGCGAAAGGAAGCGAUGGAAUCGAUGGCGGAACCGGUGUACGCGGCACGCCGUGAACUAAAACACGAACCAAUCUACGAAUCGAAGAACGAACUUGAUUCGGUGGCCAGCAGCGAUGGGCCUAGACCAGUGGCGGCCGCCGCCACCGAGGUGGUGGUCCCGUUGGAUGCGUUGAACCGGUUGCAGAUAGCAGAACCACCGUCGGUGGAGGAAAGACCACGACCAGCACCACGAACCUCCGCCGGGGCACCGUUGGCAGCGGAAGAGGAUGACGAUGAAGAGGAGGAUCAAGAUCACGAGGAGCAUCCUGCGGAGCAAGAUGGCGAUGAAAGGAAGGAUGGUGGUGGUGAGGAAGGAGAGCAACUGUCCGAUGAUCGUACCCUCAGCAGCAACAACGAGACGACGAUCCUCGAGAAGAACGCCAUCGGAUCGCCACGAGCGACGACGGCAAGCGGUGGAUCCGGUGGGCCCACGAUCAGCCACGGAACACCGAAAAGUAGCCGUGCGACGCACAUUUCCAACUUUCUGAAGCGCACGGCACCACCGGUGAUGCCACCGCCACCACCACCACCACCGGCGACGUCACUUUCACCUGGCCACGGUCGCGAAGUGUACGCCAGCCGGACCUCGAUCGAGACGCAGUACACGGCGACGACAACCUCGCAGAUGAGCCUCCCGAUUGGGCCACCGAAUGCGACCAGCACACCGUUCGCUAGUGAGAUGUCGCUCGGGUUACCGGCACCCAGGCAACCGAUCACACGUCGCGCGAUCUUCGAUGCGACCGGCGGUAACCUGUGCGAUCCGAUUUGGAACGUUUCGCUUCACAUACCGCCCGGGGCGAUUGCGCCCGGUGUUCAGCAGGAGAUCUACUUCACCGUCACCGAUCCGCGGCUGAGCGAAACCGUUGGCGGACCGCCACUGGACAUGGAGAAUGGUGAAACGAUGCUCUCACCACUGGUCAUGUGUGGUCCGCAGGGCACGGAGUUUCUGCAACCGGUUACCCUCAACAUACCGCACUGUGCCGGGCGCACGGCCUCGCUCGGUCUCUCGCUGAAGGCGACCGACAGUGAGAAGAACCUGCGUACCGACUGGGAGGACAUCGAUCUACCCAGCAACACGGCCGCCCAUACCGUCUCGGUCAAGGUGGAUCACUUCUGAGGCAGAUGAUCCGUCCCCACACCCGCUUCCCCCCGGGCCGUCCGUCCAAACGUCUCUCCAUUAGUGCCUUUUUGGCUUCCCCGCCUUUAGCCCGCCACCCACAAAGAUCGAGUCCCACGAAAGGUUUAAAUGAACGGACGCAGAGGCAGUAGCGUAGUCGGUGCAGGUGGAUUGUGCAUAAGGAUCUACUUGCUAUCAGCCAUGCAAACGUGAACGUUAAGCACUACACCAGCAAGAACUAGGUUAGGGUAUACCAUAACUAGAUUAGAGACUGUAUAAGGGACUGUACAUAGCGACGAAGCAAGACGGCUGGCGUGGAAAGGUGCUCAUCAUCGUUUCGAUAUAGUUCCACCAUCGUUCCAGCUUAGGGAGUAGUUUAAGGCGUAAAACAGGUAGGAUAGUUAGGGGUUAGCCUUGCCAGCAAAGCAUCGGUGCGGAUGUACGGGAUGCACGGAACCCGGUGCGGCACCACGAACCGUUUAUAGCUUAUGUUAAAAGGUGUACGAUACUCCGGAUUUUAGCACACGUUAAUUGAGUCGAUAAGUUUCGCAAGGUUGCCAUCAAGCCGUUUGUUUGUUUUCAUACUUCCGUAACCGUCUGCACAACAGCUACCGAGCAACAACACUUUUUUGUGUCUUGAAUGUGCAUUUAGUGUAAACGCGAAGCUUUUACCCAACACACAGCAUCGUAUCUCGCAUAAAACCGGAGCGAAAAUACUUUGUAUUGUAUUUUUGUUUUAUGAAUUGAAUAAAAAUCAGAAUCUUAUUGUAA